CUAUGGCGGCGCGGGCGCAUGGAGCGGCUGCGCAGGCUGUGCCGGGGCCGCACCGUCACCUUCGGCCUCCCCCUCCUGCUGUACCUCGUUGGUGGAUCUUUUGGACUCCGUGAAUUUGCUCAGAUAAGAUAUGACGUCCAGAAACUUCAUGGAAAGGUUGAUCCCACCUUGAAAGAAAAAUUAAAAGGGAACAACGUGACGCUGGAAUCUGAAUAUAAGAAACUGGAAAAAUCUGACUUAGAUAACUGGGAGAAUAUCAGAGGACCCCGUCUGUGGGAAGACUCCAAGACUGUCCAGAAGCAACAGCGGGAGGCUGCCCGCCUGAAAACGCAGUGACGGAGGAAGCCUCCUUUGGUGCCUCUGGAAAAUGAUGUCUCCGGCUGGACUCCCUGGCUUUUUAAUCCAGUGUCAGGAACAGACAUGGGAGGGGGGAAGAGGGAUCUGCACGGGGUGAUCCAUGCCAGUGUAUACGCAAGUUAACGGUGAGAUCGAUCAGAAAGACACUUUAUUGUA